GAAAAAUAAUUAUGUAAAAACGGCAAGUAGGUAUUUAAAAACCAAACUUGAAUCAUGAAACCUAGAAAUUAAAUUAAGAACUUUGAAUUUUAAAAGUCUAAGACAUGUGAACUAAGUUGAAGCCAUGCUCAUCAUUUGAGCCGUAAAACAAAUAGAAAACAAAGGCUAACCUCUAGCAAAAAAUAAAAAUAAAGAUGCUUCACCAAAAUAUCUUUUGAAAAACCAUUGCAUGAAAACCAAUGUUAUGGUUGUUAUAUCAUAUUAUUUAUAUCUAAAAAAAUUUAUUAUAGAUAGUUUAGUAAAAAAAAACUAAACUAAAUUAUUGUACUGAAUUUUGUAAAUAAUUUUAAUAUUUUGUUAAUUUUAAAAAUGCAAACAAUUGGAGUCUUUUAAUAGAUGCUAGAUAUUUAUAUAUCCAACAAUAAUAGUGUUUAUUUUAUUAUAUUUAAAAACAAUAUUUUUUUUACUCAAUUGACACGUGUAUAUAAUUGGAGAAAUAAGUUUUUUUCCUUUCAAAUAUCUUAGUUCCAACUUUGUACUAAAAAAGAAUUUAUUUUAUUUAAAAGAAUAAAUAAUAAACGAAUAAACUAAAUUAUUUAGAAAAUAUAUGGAGAUAACUAAAAGGAAAAUAGUUUUUAAAAAGUUAUAAAACAAUACGAUAAUUAAAACCUAAAAAAGACAUUCAAAUUCAAUAGACUCACUCUAGAAUAAAGGGAAGCCUUACAAAUACAACCCGUUCUUAUUGGGUAGUUACAGAAUACCGUUACGCCCAUGCCAUUGAAAUGUCAUAUAAAACCAACCCACCGCCAAAUUCACAAAACCAUCCUUUUUACCUGUUCAUCAUUCUUCAUUUGCCCUAAUUUUGACCGACCUUGAGGAAGAAGCCUAACAAAAAUCAAAGACAUUGAUUAAAUUAUCAUAUAUGGCUAAAAAGCAAUUGGUUUCUUUCUCACCGGUCUUUCUUGUCGUCGCCGCUGCUGCCGCCGUCGUUGUCUUAUUCGCCGGCCAAGCUCAGGGAGUCGACAUCUGCGUACACUCCGAAUACAUACCUCUCUGCCGAUCCGUGGUGAAAGGCGCUUCCGAUCCCACGGCCGCGAUUAAAACCGCCAUUGGUCAUCUCUUGUUCGAAACAAAACGCGCUAAAACAUCGAGUGUGGUACUCGGCAAUGAGCAGGCUAUUAGCGCUUGCAACCAGAACUACGAUCUCGCCCUUGACAACCUGCAGAAAAGUUUGGAGUAUUUGCAGAGUAAGGACCUGGCGAGUCUUCGAGUGAUGCUUUCCGGAGCGCUGUCUUCCUACGUUUCUUGCACCGAUGCUGUGGCGGAAGUCAGCAGUUUCGGCGUAGUGAAAAUGGCUAAAAACGUUGAGCAAACCGAUACUACGCUGCAACAUUUGGCUGGGAAUUGCUUGCAUAUCGCCUCUUUGUUGAAGUAAUAUUUGAAAUUAGGGCGUCCCUAGGAACAUGGAAAAAGGGUGAAAAAGAGAGAUUUGACUGAGCCGACGUGUCGUUUUGGUCUUGCAAUGAUUCGGUUUGUCGUUUUAUAAUAAAUCAGAAAAAAAAAUAUAUACCGAAAUUAAAUUUA